CAGGGGACCCCCACUGUCAUCCAGAGCCUCCAGUCCAGCUUUGGGCAGGGGCCUCAAGGGGCCUGUGGGGCAGUGCCCAGGGGUCCCAUGCACACUCUCCCCCCAUUGGCUGGCUGCACCGGCAUGCAAAUGAGGGCGCGCGUCACUUCCGGCGGCCAAUCGAGCGCCAUUUUCUCUUUCUGGCGGUGCCGGGAGGAGGGGACAGGGUCGCGCGGGGCGGGCGCGCCGAGGCGGGGGUCCCGCCGCGCGGGGCGGAGGCAGGCGGGGCCCGGCGGGCGCGGCGAGAGGCGGCGGGGGAGGCGGCGGCGCCCCGGGCGCCCAGCGGAAAACUUCAAAAAUGUUUCAAAUUCCUGUGGAGAAUCUUGACAACAUCAGGAAGGUACGGAAAAAGGUGAAAGGCAUUCUUGUGGAUAUUGGGCUUGACAGCUGCAAGGAGUUGCUGAAGGACCUUAAAGGCUUUGAUCCAGGAGAGAAGUACUUUUUUAACACAUCAUGGGGAGAUAUUUCUCUCUGGGAACCUUCUGGAAAGAAAGUGAGAUAUCGAACAAAGCCAUACUGUUGUAGCCUCUGUAAAUACUCUACAAAAGUGCUUACUUCAUUCAAAAAUCAUUUACAUCGUUACCACGAAGAUGAGAUUGACCAAGAGCUGGUGAUCCCUUGCCCAAACUGUGUAUUUUCCUCUCAACCCAAAGUUGUGGGAAGGCACUUCAGGAUGUUUCAUGCACCUGUUCGGAAAGUCCAGAACUACACGGUGAAUAUUUUAGGUGAAACGAAAUCAUCCAGGAAUGAUGUGAUAAGUUUCACGUGUUUAAAAUGUAACUUUUCAAACACGCUGUACUACAGCAUGAAGAAGCAUGUGCUGGUAGCCCAUUUCCACUACUUGAUUAACUCCUACUUUGGGUUGAGAACUGAGGACAUGGGCGAGCAACCGAAAAACGAUGAUACCCUUUCCACCGAGAAGAUGCCACCAUCUGACAAGUAUUACUGUAAAAAAUGCAAUGCCAACGCCAGCAGCCAGGAUGCUUUAAUGUAUCACAUUUUGACAUCGGAUAUACACAGGGAUUUGGAGAAUAAGCUUAGAUCCGUGAUUUCAGAACAUAUUAAGAAGCCUGGACUUUUGAAGCAAAUGCAUAUUGCUCCAAAACCAACUGCACAUUUGGCGAUACCACCAAACAACAGUGCUCCGGCCGUUCCAGCCACACCUCCUUGCUUUCAUCUUGCCUUGCCGCAGAACAGUCAAAGCCAAACCGUGGUCCAGCCAGUUCAGGGCACAGUCCAGCCAGUGACUGUGGCCUCGGGUGCUUCUGGAAGCCUGACUCAUUCUCCGCCGGCUGUUGCCCAGUCCCAUGUGACUCUAGUCUCCAGUCCCCUGCCAGUGGCCCAGAGUAGCCUUGCUCUGCCGCCCUCAGCUCCUCAGCCUGUCUUUCUUUCUCACGGAGUCCCACUUAAUCAGUCAGCAAAUCCUCCUGUGUUGCCGUUGAGUCAGCCAGUUGGACCUGUAAAUAAGUCUGCUGGAACUGGCGUCCUCACCACAAACCAGACCCUCCGCCCAGGGGUUUUUCCCCUCGGCCAGCCUGUUGGGCCCAUCAGCAGACCAGUUGGGCCUGGAGUCCUUUCAGUAAACAGACCUGUUGGGUCUGGUGUCCUUCCUGUCAGUCCCUCUGUCACCCCUGGGGUUCUCCAGGCCGUCUCGCCAGGAGUGAUCUCUGUGAGCCGGACAGUCCCCUCAGGGGUCCUUCCUGCGGGCCAGAUGACCCCUGCAGGGGUCAUCCCUUCAGCACAGACAGCGACUUCAGGGGUUCUCCCUGCUGGCCAGAUGGUCCAGUCGGGGGUUCUCCCCAUUGGACAGACAGCCCCGUCGGGGGUUCUCCCCCCUGGGCUGACGGUCCCGUCACGGGUUCUCCCUCCUGGCCAGACGGUUCCCCUAAGGGUUCUCCCUGCAGGCCAGGUGGUCCCACCUGGGCUCCUUUCUCCCAGCCAGCCAGUCUCCUCAAGUGUUCUCCCUGUGAACCAGGGCAUUAACUCCGGUGUUCUUCAGCUCAGUCAGCCUGUCAUGUCAGGAGUUCUUCCUGUGGGUCAGCCAGUGAGGCCUGGGGUCCUGCAACUCAGUCAGUCUGUGAAUACCAAAAUUCUGCCUGCAAGUCAGCCAGUUAGACCUGGGGCUUCGCAAAACACCACUUUCCUCACGUCAGGCUCUAUUCUCAGACAGCUAAUACCCACAGGGAAACAAGUGAAUGGGAUUCCCACAUACACCCUCGCCCCGGUGUCUGUCACUCUGCCCGUGCCACCUGGAGGCGUUGGGACCGUCGCCCCACCCCAGAUGCCCAUCCAGCUCCUGCAGUCUGGCGCAGCUGCACAGAUGGCCAGUCCCGUGGCUAGCAUGCCCUCCCCUCCAGUGGUGGUAAAUGCCACUCAGAACAUGUUCGUUCAGGCCUCCUCGUCUGGGGCAGAGGCGAGCCAGGCGCUCAGACAGGCAAAGCAGUGGAAAACCUGCCCAGUUUGCAAUGAGCUCUUCCCUUCCAACGUCUACCAGGUCCACAUGGAGGUGGCUCAUAAGCACAGUGAAUCCAAAUCUGCUGAAAAGCUGGAGCCUGAAAAACUGGCAGCAUGUGCACCGUUUUUAAAGUGGAUGAGAGAGAAAACAGUUCGAUGUCUCUCUUGUAAAUGCUUAGUAUCGGAGGAAGAGCUUAUCCAUCACUUACUAAUGCAUGGCCUAGGGUGUUUGUUUUGUCCAUGCACUUUCCAUGAUAUUAAAGGUCUUUCUGAGCAUAGUAGGACUAUGCACCUAGGGAAGAAGAAAUUACCUGUGGAUUACAGCAACAAAGGUUUUCAAUUGGAUAUCGAUGCUAAUGGCAACCUGCUGUUUCCCCAUCUUGACUUCAUCACCAUACUGCCAAAGGAGGAGCUCGGGGAGCGGGAGGUCUACCUGGCCAUCCUGGCUGGGAUACACUCCAAGUCGCUCGUGCCCGUGUACAUCAAAGUGAGGCCCCAGACGGAGGGUGCGCCCGGAAGCCCCAGCAAACAAGCCUUGACCUGCCCCUUCUGCUUUGGCACCUUUGUGACCACUGAGGCGUAUGAGCUGCAUUUGAAGGAGAGGCACCACAUCAUGCCCACAGUCCACACCAUCCUGAAGUCUCCAGCCUUCAAGUGCAUCCAUUGCUGUGGGGUUUACACUGGCAACAUGACCCUGGCAGCCAUCGCCGUACACCUGCUGCGCUGCAGAAGCGCCCCGAAGGACAGCGGCUCAGACUUGCAAGUCCAGCCAGGCCUCAUCGAGAACAGUGAACUGCUGCUGGUCAACGGUGAGGUGACCCAUGAUGCCGGUUUCUCUGUGAAGAGAAAGCUGCCCGAUGGCCACUUUGGGGCAGGAGACCAGAGGGAUGGGGAGGAGCGACCUCUCGUCAUAAACACCGAGGCAGCCCCGGCUCCAGAAAAGGUAACGAGCAUCGUGCCCUUUAAAAGGCAAAGAAAUGAAAGCAGGACUGAGGGACCACUUGUUAAUGAUGAUGCUCUUCAGAUUUUAGCAUUAAAUCCUAAAAAAUAUGAAGACCGUUCUUAUGAAGAAAAAAAGCAGUUUCUUAGAGAUUAUUUCCACAAGAGACCAUAUCCUAGUAAAAAGGAAAUAGAACUGUUAUCCUCACUCUUAUGGGUGUGGAAAAUUGAUGUGGCUUCAUUUUUUGGAAAAAGAAGAUACAUUUGCAUGAAAGCAAUAAAAAAUCACAAGCCCUCUGUACUUUUAGGUUUUGAUAUGUCUGAACUGAAAAAUGUUAAACACAGGUUGAACUUUGAGUAUGAACCAUAAAACUUGUUAAAAAAAAUUAGGAAAUCUAAAGUACUAGAUAAUUAGUAGUUUUUUCAAUUGAGAUUUAAAAAAACGUCAUUUUCUCACUGUAUGUUGGACUAAUCAAUUUCAGUGGUCUUUAUGCUGCUCUUUAGAUUUAUUUCAGGUGCUCAGAAAGACUUCUAUAUAAAGAAGUGAAUAGUUCUGUCGGAUUUAUUGUUUCCUGAAGUUUGAUUUUGUAACAAUUAUUUUUAGUUUUUUCCUCUGUCAUGUAAAUUAAAUCUUUUGAUAUUUCAUGCACGCCUUGUUUUCCCAGUAGUGUCAGUAUCGUAUGAUAAAAACUGAAGUCUCAUGUUUGUUUUUUCAUUUAAGGAAAUUUCUGCUUGUUUGAGAAUACCUGAUUAACUUCGAAUUAAAGCAUCGAUCUCCCUCAGUUAGUUUCUCAUGUAGCAGCAAUUGAUACAGUAAAUGUGUAGAGAAGUGAGUACAAACCCCCGUGAUGUGUAUGGUUCCUUAAGGAUGCACUGCAUUAACUUAUGCUGAUUUCUUCCUUGUAAGAUAUUUGCUUAUUAGAUUAUAAUUUUGAUUUACAUUUUUUUAGGUUUAUCCUAACAGCUGUUUUUGAUUAUAACUCAUAGAAAACCAAAUGUUUUCAUUUUUAAAAAAUUACUGAACCUGAAGUCUGCUAUUUAGCUCGUAAGUCAAAAGAGUUAUUUUACAAAUAAAGUAAUUCUGUAGGUGCAGAAAUACUUUUCAGUGUAGACUUCCCCCUCUUUUUGAUAUGGUGAUAAGUCAUUUUUCCAUUCAAAGGUAAAACCAUAAGUCUUAGUGCCUUUAGAAUAAACACUGAAAACACACACACAGACUCUCCUUCUAACGUAACUGUUCAUAAACCAGUGAAAGGGAAGGACCGUGUUACUCAGGAAUAAAGUUUUUACCCCUGAGUGUGGACACUCACUGAAAUGUAAGCUAGAUUUUCAGGGGACAAGGUGGAGUGACAGACCAGAGCUAAGUCCCCAUGGUUGGCGUAUGAAAUCUCUGACGGUUUCCUAGAAGGAAACGUAUUUGUUUUGGGGAAAUGGGCUUUCCCAUAGCCCAGUUGUCCAGGCUAUGGGCCAGGGUGUUGCUAAAGAAUACUGUUGUAUUACUCUCUUUUGGACAGUUAAACUUCGUUUUUUUUUCCACACAAUAUAAAAUAACUUAAAGCACCAGAGCCAGGAAUGGAGACCAGCCAGUUGAGACCAUGAGUCAUACUGCUGGUGAUACAUAGCAGAGGCACCUGUCCAACGUGUUCAGAAGAUAUGACAGUCUCUGGGAAACGGAUAAUGUUACUAUAUGGAUUUAAAAAAAUAUAAUACUCGCAUGUAAUUGCUAUAAUGUGCAUUUUUGAGGCAAUUGUGAAACUGGUCUGUGAUUGUUGGUGUACUCUUGUAAAUUCAAAAAGAGCUUGUUGAAGUUUAUUUUUUUUUUACCUAUUGUUUUCAGAGUGUCUAUUUUGAAUUAAAAUUUGUUAUACCACU